UGGAUGGAGAAUAACGCGUGGCUGGAGGAACAAUUGAAAAAUGGAUAAGAUAAUACAACAAAAGGAUGGUCAAAUUAUGGACCUGCAGGCUCAAUUAUUGCAACAGCACAAAAUAUUAGAUAACAGCAAAGCUAAGGAUGCUCAAAGUUUGAGUCUACAAGCUCAGCUAGGGGAAAAGAACAAAUUGGAACGGAACAGUUUCCAAACAGGGAAGGAGGUUUUUCCAAACUCAAACCUAACUGAACAUGAGGAUGAAUUGGCAUUAGGCGAACACAUUCAGAUAUUCAGUCUACCACCUGACAGUGUGUUAAAUUUAAAUUCUUUUAGUGCUGCACAAAAAGAAUCGUUAGUAAUAAGCCCAUGCAGUGAAGGAAGUGAACAAUUGUGGGACCGUAUUUGGGCCGAAAAUGGGUGUGGUACGGAAACCAAUAUAUGGCACAAGUUCAACAUGAAACAUGGAUUAGAAUUUAAUGGGUGAUCAAAUCAAGUCUGGAAGUGUUACAGGAUGGAAGAGUCAGCCUACAGAGGAAAAAACACUGAGAGUGCAUUACCAUUAAGGUAUGAGGUAAAGAAAUAGAGUAUGCACAUUGUCUAAUGAGAAGUACCAUCUUGUGUUAAUAAAUCCAGUACAACAGCAAUCCUUUAUAGUUCUGUCACAGCUAGAAACCUCAAAUAAUUCUGCUUCUCUGUCUAAAGAACAACUUGUCCUUUGCGUUCAGAGUGUUGGGGAAACUGGGUACUUAAAUGGCCCUAAAGAUGUUAUAAUUUUGCUGCCAUUGCAGAGAUGAACAUCAUACAUGGACUCUUUAGGUCUAAUCUACCAAAAAAAAUUUUAUCCAAUAGGAAAGGAUUUUCAUGUACUGGGAACACAACUAUCAACAAUGCAACAUUGUACAGCUUCCACCAGAAGUUGAAUCUAUGAGUCAUGUAAGUUACAUGAUCAACAGUUGAUAUGUUUAACGGUGUUGUUUUUCUUUUCUCAAUAUAGGUUAAUAGUAACAUUGGAUCUGAAAAAAUUCUUGGUUGGGGCAAGACACUGAAUAAAUUGUAUUGAUUGGAUGGAUGACGUGACAUUUCUAUACUUAAUUCGGAUUCCCCAGACGGUAUUUGAUAUUUAAAAAAUUGAAGUGCAUAUCUGGGCUCCCUUCUUUUCUGAAGCCCCGUUUCCC